AUGAGCUCUUCAAUAGUGGGCACUUCCUCCAAUGAAACGUUAUCCAACAAUCCCAACCCUAUUUCAAUUGUCGUCAAUGGUCCACCAUCAACUAAAACAACGGAACAGCAGCUAUGGACUGAAGAUUACGAUGGUAUGCUUGAGAUGGUGGAUUUUAAAGCACUGAAAGAUCAAUUUUCAAGCCAUAAUCUCGUCUCCGUCUCAUCAUCCGUGCUUUUGGAUACAGAAAAACUCAUCACAACGAUCAACAUUUUGCUUGAGACGGUCGAGAAACAAGACCGAAACAUUCGUGCCUUGGCAAAGGCAAUUCCGAAAACAUCGUCGUCUUUGUAUCGGGUUCAGCCAGAAUCAACACGAGCGAGGGAAAGUCCAGACAUGCAACAAAAACCAUCCCGACCCUCUAUUCAAGACGACCAAAAGCCAACAAAAUCAGCCACGCCUCCACCGAGAAUUGUCGAAAAAGAAACAAUUGUAGUGAAAGAGGAUGACCCUUUUUUGAAAAAUCAACUUCACAAUUUAAACAAUGAAUUUGCAGUUAUACAGGAGGAGCAUUUACAACAUCAAACAAGACUUACUGAGCUCGAAGAAAUUGUUCAAGAACAAUUAACUCAGGAAAAGAUGAAGGUUGAAAUGAAAAUUGAUGAAGCCAAAGAAAUGAUUAAUGUUUUGAAAUUUGAUAAAGAAGAAUUAUUGAGGCAAAUGGUAAAAUUGAGGGAAGACAUGAAAUUGUCCAUUGAUGAAGCUACAGGAGAAAUUAAUCAUGAAAUAAGGUCAAUCAUUCAAACGUUAGAUGUCCAUGUCACCACUUUGCGCGACGAAUACAGAACGCUAAUUUCAACAAACACAACCGAUCUUCAAGGAAAAAUUGAUGCCAUCUCUCAAAAAUUGGGACAAACCAUGGACAAUUUUAAGGAAAGAACAGACUCACAGCGCAACGACAUUGAAGAGUUAAAAUAUAGAGUCACGAAAACAGAAGAGAAUUUUACCAGAAAAUUAGAACAUUUAACUGAAAAGAUGGAGAAGAAUUUUAGACUUCUCGAAAAGGACGUUCUUAAAACCAACUAUGUUGCCAAUUUAAUUUAUGAUGUUUUCCAAUUGGACAAACAAACCGUGACAGAGUUACCAGAUACUUAUGUUCAAGAAAAAUUCCAGCUCAAGGAAGACAUUGGACGAUAUUCAAAAAUGAGGAAUCAGAAAAACAGACAAGAAUUGAGGAAAAUCUAUACUGACAUGCUACUCGUUACUCCCUCGUUUAAGACUGUAGCAGAGAACGCUACGAACAGCUUGAAUGAAGUGAGGUGGGAGCUCUCAUCGAGAAUGGAUCGGGAAUCUGACCGAGUUCACGAAGAUGUCGACGAUAUUCGAGAGAAUAUGAAACGAUUUGUCACAUAUCCCGAGUUAAAGGCCUCAAUUACAGAAAAUGAGGUAAUCAAAAAAGUUGUCACUGAUGUUGAAAAACACGAGAGUAGCAUUCAAAAUUUUGUUUCCAACUACCUCAACCGAGAGGAAGUAUGGGAAGCAUUAAGACAAAAAGCAGACGAGAAAAACAUGGAACUGAAAGCAGAUCGAAAAAUUGUGAAUGGCCUCUUUGAUUACUUGAAUGAAAAAUUGAACACCAUUUUGGGUAAGAACACCACUGAGGAAAUGAUGGAAGCGAUCAAGAAUCUUGAACAAAAACUGCAGAAUAAGGCCGACAGACAAGAAUUGGUUGAUUCCCAUCAUACUGUGUACCCUCCAAACAUUAUUAACAUUAUCAGAAAAGAUAUUGUACCUGAUGAUUUAAUUGUUGGAAUGGGUCUCCCACAACCAUUCCUCAUGGCAAAGGGAGAAAUGGAGACGAAAACAACAAGCGGUUACAAAUGUCUAAGUUGUAAUCGACCCUUCACCAAACAACCAAUCCACGGUGCUUGCUCCUCAACAGGAAACUCACCACCUCGUAGACAAGUCCCACAACAGCCUUCCAUGCCGUCACAACAGCAGCAAGGAGCUAUGCCACCACAACCAGUCACAUCCACCGUCAUUUCAUCUACUAUUGUAAAUCUACCUCAAACUACCUGUACAGAAGAAGAAACUCCAUCACAACCUAAUAGCUCACUAACCACAAAUCCUUCACAAAUACAAACAGCAACCACACCUAAUUUGAAUCAACCACCUUCCCAAGGACAAGACUUGUCAAAACCCUCAAAUGAAGUCAAUGAACCAGCCAGUGCAAGAGUUCGCACUGAACCGCCUCUUCUGCCUCCAGCAAGCCCAUCCGAUUUCUUUGACAUUCCCAAGCUCAAUCUUAAAAAAGUGUUAAAGCCUCCAGAUUAUGACAAUCCAAUUUUCAGAUAUUCACUCAAAGCUUCAAGCAGAUCGGUCGAAGAAGAAAUGCUGGAACACACAUCCGAUCGAAUGAAUGAGCAUGAUAACAACAAUAAUACUCAGGAAAGACCAGACACCAACCAUUCUACUCUUUCCGAUAUUGAACAAAAACCUCCUUCACAAAUGUUCGACAUUCAUAUGCCCAUGACAUCAAAUUUUGAAGAUUCUCAAUCCAAUGAAUUGAGGCCCAAGCCACCUCGAAGUGCCCCUCUCCAAAUGAGUUUUUCACGAUACUCUGUACGGUCCCUCAAUAAUGACACAUCCACAACGACCACGCCCUCUCAACCUCUCACUCCAAAACUUGUCAUGACUGCUCGCGAUAAGGAAAAUGCAUUUUCUUUCAAUUCUACUGCUUUGAUGCGACCAUUCUCUGCGAAGGAAACCAGUCGUUCCUCAAGAAAUAACUUCUCCCUCAAUGCUGUUGUUGGAGGUCCAAACAAGCAACAGAAUGAGUCAACCAACCCAAUUUCUAACCCUAAUCCAUCAAGUAGUACGUCAUCGUCUUCUGGUAAUUUUCGCCAACUCUUGGUCAUCAAACCAGCCAACAACAAACGGGACAAUCGAUUUCCAAAAAUUAAAUAA